ACACGUCAUCAAAAACUCAACUAAAACUUUAUUUUACAAAAAAAAAGAAACGAAUUUUCGAUAUAAAACGGUUUACAACGUUUAACUAAGAAAAAAAAGUUUGCAAAUAUUAAAUAAAAGAGAGGGGCCACAAUUGUGGAAAACAAAAAAUAAAACAACAAUUAUUUGAUGUUGAAAAUCCUCUAAAAAAAAAAACAUUUUUACACACUCUCUCUAACUAAAAUUUAUUCAAUCAACAAACAUUCACACACCCAUACAACACUCACACAUAAACACACCAAAAACUAUAACGUGCUCAAUAGAAUUUUCACAAAAAAAAGGAUAUAAUUCUAGCAAGGAUAAUAUAUUUGUAGAAGUUUGAAUGUAAAAAAAAGUGUGUGUAUAGAAUUUUCGCUGGUUUGUCUGUCUUUCUGUCAAGCGAGAGUAGACCGACAGUAAACGUUUGUUAACGGUUACGGAUACACAACAAAGGAUAUGAACGAUUUAAAUGUAAAACAUUGAUGAUCGUGAAAGGACGUAUACAUUUUUAAUAACGGAUAAAAAUAGCUAAAGAUUUUUUUUCAAAACAAUUUUCAAAUUUAUAAAAAGAAAUCUCUAUAAGAAAAAAACAAAACGUGUACAAAUGAAAGAACACCUUUAAGAAUAUUAUAAAAAAAAGUUUAAAUCAAAAUUAGAAAGAAAUAAUAAAAUGAGAAAUUAAAAAAUCAUUUAAAAAAAUCCAUUAUUGUGUUAAAAAAAAAAAAAAAAUUAUUAAAAAUUAAUUAAUAAACAACUUAGAAACAAAUAACAAAUACAAUCAUGUCUUCCUCUGAACAUGAAGUUGAUAUCAGUGUGGUCUCUAGUCCCGAACCCAGUCCCAUGGGUUGUGGUCAAGAGGGUCAUGAAACGCCUCUCAGAUCCAACUCACCGGCCCGUUCACAUGGUGCCUCAACGCCCAACUCCAAUCAUACACCCACUACAGCCGCAGGCACACCCACAUCAAACACUUCCAAUUAUCAUCAUCACCACAGUCCCACCACUAUGGCUGCAGCUGUGCCACCAACAGUUUUACAUCAUCACCUACAGCAUCAUUUGAAUUCUUUAAAUGCUGGCCAUCCGGUAGCUCUGCAUCAUGCUCUGCACAGUUUUGGCCAUUUAACACAUCCUGCUCAUCAACAUUUACUACAUCCAGCUGCUGUAACACCGGCGGCGGCACAUCAUUUUUCCAAUGCUCUCAAUAGUGAACGUCUUAGUCCACCGGCUAUGGCUGCCAUGGCUCCUAAAUCACCCGAAUCCACCACUACCGAAGAAUCACAAACAAAUAACAAUAAUAAUAAUUCAAAGAUGUUAAAUAAUAAUGAAACAAAUACCGCUGGCGGUCAACAACAACAAUCAGCAGCUGCUGCAGCAGCAGCGGCAGCUUUAAAUGGCAAUAUUAAUAAAGUCACAUCGGGCAAUGGUUUCACUAGUUUUUCCAUUUCCUCCAUUUUAAGUCGCAAUGAACCGAAAAAGAAUGGUUCUAAUUUAAUUACACCCAUACCGCAAUUGCCGCCGGCUACGGUAGGCGCUGGAGGACCACAAGAUGCUGCCAUGUUGUCAAGAUUGGGUUUCAUUUCACAAUGGGGAGCUUUAGCUGGUCGUUAUGCUGCCUUGUGUCCUCCUGGUUGGCCCUGGGCACCACAACGUAUGCCUUUUCAUAGUCCUACACAUGAUAGCUCUUCUACAAACACCACAGAGAAUCCCUCAUCACCACCUUCCCCCCAACAUAAUGGCUCUCUGGCUAAUGGUAGCAGCAGCAACAACAACAACAAUAAUAAUGGCACAAAAUCACCCUCUCCCCAUUUAUCCUAUCAACAACAUCAUAAUCACCAUCAUCAUCAUCUCUCACAACCCCAUCAGCCCUCAACACCCACUAGUUCGAGCGCAGGUCUCAAUCAUCAUUCCUCACACUCCAACUCUAGCUAUUUACUACCCACCAGUUCAAAUGAAUCCGAUGAUGAGGGUGAAGAAAUCAUUGAAGAAGAUGAUGGCACUGAUGGUCCUUCGGAUGGUUCUUCACCUCAAGGCGAUUCGAAUCAAACGAAGCGUAAGAAAAAAACCCGUACAGUAUUCUCUAGAGCUCAAGUUUUCCAAUUGGAAUCCACAUUCGAUAUGAAACGCUAUUUAAGUUCUUCGGAAAGAGCCGGUUUGGCGGCUUCUUUGCGUUUGACCGAAACACAAGUGAAAAUAUGGUUUCAAAAUCGUCGCAAUAAAUGGAAAAGACAAUUGGCUGCUGAGCUGGAGGCUGCUAAUAUGGCAAAUAUGGCCCAUGCUGCCCAACGUUUAGUGAGAGUGCCCGUUUUGUAUCAUGAUGGUACGACAUCUGGUUUUGUGCCACCACCACCUCCACAUCCUCAUGCCAUGCAAUAUUAUGCUGCUGCCGCCGCACGCAACAACAGCCCACCUCGGCCACCAUUGUCUUCACUCGUAUAGGGGGUGGGGUGCUUAACUGCGGCCGCCGUAGCAGCUGCAGCAGCUGGUGUCUCCUCUUCAACAACGUCAUCAUCAACUACAACAGCCACAACUUCAUAUGGUAGACCCACAACGCCACUCUCACCUCAUCAUAAUCUUCAUUUGUCACACCAUGCUCAUCACCAUCAUGCCCAUCAUCAUCAUUUGCAGCACCUAAUGCGUGCCUCUUCGCAAUCACCAUUUCAUCAUGCUGCCCACCAUUCCACUUUGGCAGCAGCAUUAACACCACUCUCUCAACAUUCACACGAUGAGUCUGAGGCCGAUGAUACGGCCAUAGAUGUGGAAAAUGAGGAUGAGGAACAACAACAACAACAGAACUCUCAAAGUGCUAAUAUAGAGGAAAUGAUGACGGGAAAGUUUUCUCAGACAAAUGGUCACUCUACAACUCCUACCGCUCAGAGCGCACAGACAACUGAAUUGCUUAUACCAAAAACUCAGCAUCAGCUGGCAUUGGAAAGGCAGGUUAAUGGUGUGCAUAAGGCCUCAAUGGGAGGAAUAGCUGGCGGAGAAGAAGGAAAACUGAAUGGCAAUUUGAAUCAUAACAAUAUGGCAGAACAAAUAAAAAAUCAUAAAAUUUAUUGAGAACACAAAUUCUGGUCAUAAACAAAAACAAAAAGAGAUUUAUGAAAGUCAUAUACACUGUAAAAAAUAUUAGGAAAUAAAUUUAAAUAAAUAAAUUUUAACAUUUAAAAAAAAAAAUCCAAAAUAAAGGAAUUGGUUUCAUAAAAACGAAAGAAUUAUAAUUAUCACAUAUUGUAAAAAAUCCUAUAAAAUUUAUAUAUAAAAAAACCAAAAAAAAAAAAAAAAAAUAUCAACCAUAUUAAUUGUUCCUAUUUAAUUUCUGUAAAUAUUCUUCACCUAUUUAUUAACCUUAAGUCAAUGAUGUAAAAAUAUUAUUCAAAACGAAAAAUUAUCAAAU